AAUUCGUAGAUCUAUGUAUUCCCUUGCUGGGUGUUGUCAGCAGACACCGGACCGCCUAGUGCUCAAUGUGACGCUGUCGACGACGGGACUUCAUGAACGCUUGGUCCUUCGCACGAGUGAGCGACACGACGUCGAUUGAAAUCUUAGUAGUAGUAGCUGAGUUCUCGGCACGUCAACGACAACGUAGCUAAUACGGUCGCGAACAGAAGUGUUCAUUGCGGGCACAUUUAGUGCGUGUGCAAGAAGCGAGUGUGUAGUCCGCAGCCGAUCCCACUGUACGCUAACGAGAGCUGUGAUUGUGCCGUGAGGCCAUCAUGGCAGCCAAAGGAAGAAUCGCUAUCAUCAUCGCCCGUGUCGUCGCUUUGCUCUCUGGCACAAUCCUAAUGGGCAUCAUCGCCGCGAACGGACGCGUGACGGACAAUUUCUUCGACACGCAAGUGUGCAUCUACAACCAGGUGGACGCAGCGUGUCGAUACGCUGAAGCGGUCGGAGCUCUAGGUCUGGUCUUUGGUGUUUUGUUAGCGUUCGCCGACUUUCUCAUCUUGCUAGAGAUCGAGGAGGAGCGCAUCAAGACGUUCAAUCUGGUGUCUAUUAUCGUUGCGGCGUUCAUGGCGUUUGCGUCGCUGGUUUGCUUCGGAGUUCUUGAGGCGGAAUGGGCGGCCAACAGCCCUCGACAGGAGCGGGUUGUUCGCGAGCUCAACGACGGUGCCGUGUCGGGACAGAGCGCCAUUGCUUUCUGCUUCAUUGGAAUGGCGUCUUGGAUCGUAGUGGUCGUCCUGUGCAGUCUGGACCAGAGAAAGCAAGGGUCCAUGUCCGUCUCAUGAGAAGCGUCGCCACGACAACACUCAUGAUCGUGUACAUUCUAAAAGAUAAUUGUAGCCCGGCGAUUAGGACCCCGUCUUGGAUAGAAGCGCCCAGUCUCGGAGAGCCAGUGAAGAAUAGCGCCCUCUCUUGAAUGGUGCUCGUGCUUGUAGUCAAGAGCAUGUUCAAUGGUGGUGUUAUUCUGAUGGUGUUCUUCUCCAUGUUUUAGGGCGUACAUGUAAUACAAUACGGUAUCUCUCUAUAUACAAUACGGUAUUUGUCCCUCUUGUAUAUCUCCCUGCACUAAUUCUUGUGAUCCAGUUUCCCAUAUAGACCUCGUCUCGGUCAAUAUCUCUACACGUUCCACCCCCUGGCCUUAGCACUGGCGGCGGUUUCAUGCUGAAGACCGCAGUUCUUGUUGGAGUCUCUGUGCAGUCGUGCUUCACGUCUAUCUCACCAGUUCGGUACUCGUGCGGACUUUACUUCGCUUUUAGGCCAACGGGCACUGAUAGUUUAGAAUCUGUUCUUUAUUCCCUCUCUUUGUUUUUAGGCCGCAUGACCCAGCAUUGCAACAAAAAACAGUGCCCUGGCAACUAGUACCCCAAAAAACAGUGCCCUGGCAACUAGUACCCCAAAAAACAGUGCCCUGGCAACUAGUACCCCAAAAAACAGUGCCCUGGCAACUAGUACCCCAAAAAACAGUGCCCUGGCAACUAGUACCCCACUUGUGAUGGACUUUGAAACAAUAGUGUGCCCCCCCCCCCCCCCCCCCCCACCCGCCACCCCCCCCCCCCUCCAGAGGCACUAGAAUCGCGCACGAGUACUGUAUGCCUAAGCAAACGCAUUCACGUACGUACACAACCACACACACACACACACACACACACAUACGCACGUAAUUUUAUAAUUGUUAUACGGUAAAUAUUUUCAAACACACACACACACACCAUUCACAUGUUUGCCCCUUCUUUUCACGUCCAUCGCUGCAGCUUCAAUGGUCAGCUGGCCAAAGUCUACCACAUGUACAUGAAGACAUUUAUUAUUAUUAUUUUAGCAUUACAGAUUGGACCGUUCCUCCUCGAAUGUGUCUGCGCCGACAAGAGCUCUGUCGGUGAGGAUCAA